UAAGGCGCCUCCUCUGACAGAAGCUGUUGAAAAAGCCGCACUUGAGCAAUGCAAGUGGCAGAUCGCGGAAGGGAACGCGGGCAGAAGUAGGGAGAGCAGUUCCUUUACCCCCCUUUCCUCUCCACUCUCCUGACCUGAGCUUUUACCGAUGGUCGGGGGGAUGUGUGGCGUCAGGGUCGACUCUCUGUGAGCUGCAAGCGGGAUCUCUGGCCAAACCGAGCGGAGGCCGGGAAGCGGCGAGGAACCCAGCCGCAGUUGGUUGUUGUCGUGCUGUGCUAUGGGAUGGACGAAGCAGAGCAAGAUAAAUAUGAGGCACGGUUGAAAGAGGUGUUUGAUAGCUUUGAUACCAUAGGCACUGGGUCACUGGGCCGAGAGGAGCUGACUGAUCUCUGUCAUAUGCUACAGUUACAAGAAGUGGCUCCAGUAUUGCUGCAGUCUGUUCUUCAGGGAAACCUCUCAGGCAGGGUACAUUUUGAACAGUUUAAAGAAGCAUUGAUUUUUACCUUGUCGACUACUAUUGAAGGGAAUUUCUCAGGAGAUGAUGGUUAUCAAGCACUAGAUUCUACUGAGGUACAGCCAAAAUAUGUCAAAGAUGGGAAACGAUACGGGCGGAGAACAGCACCAGAAUUUCAGGAUUCAGUGGAAGAAUUUAUGGAGGUCAGAGUUACAGAACCUUUAGCUGAUGAAACACAACUUGAAGAUGCUCCUUCUGGGCAUGAUAUUGAGAAAUGGAAAGCUUCCACAGAAGGUGAAGAAUAUGAAGCUGAAGGUCAGCUGAGAUUUUGGAACCCGGAUGACUUGAACACUUCCCAGUGCAUGUUUGGUGCUGAUCCCAAGUACAUUGAAGAACGACUUCAAGCAGUUUCCGAAGAACUCGGAGUCACCAAAGACAGCUACUUGAGUAGCAAAGAGCUGAUCUCUAUUUGUGAUCAGUGUGGACUUCAGAAUGUAGAUGCAGAGAUUCUGGAUGACAUAUUUCAAAAACUAGAUCAAGAUGGAUUAAUGCGUCUUGAAGAUUUCAUUUAUGGCAUCUUUAAAAAAUCAACUCCUUCAUCUGCUUCCACUCCUUACAGACAACUAAAGAGGCAUCACUCUCAGCAGCCAUUUGAUGAAAGCGGCCGGCGCACUGCUACCCCAUCUGCUAUGACAAGUACUAUUGGUCUUCGUCUAUUUUCAUGCUUGGACGACGGGACAGGUUACACUUCAGCAGAUCAGAUCUUGGAUACCUGGCAAGAUGAAGGAAUUGAAAAUGGCCUUGAAAUUCUAAAGACCUUGGAUUUUGAUCUGUAUGGGAAGGUCAACCUGACAGAACUUACCCUGGCCUUGGAGAACGAGCUCCUGAUAACAAAGAAUGGAAUCCACCAAGCUGUUCUGGCCAGCUUCAAAAAUGAGAUUAGACAUUUAAAGGAACGUGUUGAUCAGGUUUUAAGAGAAAAAGAAAAACUUCGAAUGGACUUAGAAAAAGCGGAAAAACUGAAAAAUUUGAUGGCUUCUGAAGUGGAUGAUCGCCAUGCUGCUAUAGAACACCUCAAUGAAUGCAAUCUCCGCAAGCUAGAGCAAGAAUAUAGACAUCGUUUUGCUGCUUUGAAGGCAGAUCUAACCAAAGAAAAAGACCAGAUUUUCCACCAGGCCAGUAAACAAAGAACAGAACUUGAGAAAGAGAUUGAGAAAAUGAAAGUGGAAGAUGGAUACCUCAGGGAUCGGCUUGCUCUGUCAUUGAAGGAAAACAGUCGAUUGGAAAAAGAACUUAUAGAAAAUUCAGAGAAGCUGUUUGAGUUUGAGAACCUAGCAAAGAAGUUACAAAAUAAUUUGGACACUAUAUUAAAAGAAAAGUUUGGAGACCUUGAUCCAACCAGUGCUGAAUUCUUCUUGCAUGAAGAAAAAUUUACCCGGAUGAGAAAGGAAUAUGAGCAGCAAUGUAGAGAGCUCCAGGACAGGAUUGAUGAACUGCAAUCUGAGUUACAAGCAUAUCAGACACAAGGGAGAAGUUUUAAACCAUUGAUGAGAAGUCCCUUGUCAGAGGAAAUGGAGAGCAAGAGUGAUGUUGUCGACUGUGAUCAAGGUUUUGUUUCUGAAGAAUGUAAUCCAUUGAACAUGAGUCUGGAAGCAGAAAUGGUCAUAGAACAAAUUAAGGAGCAACACCAUCAGGCAAUUGAUGGUUUUAAAACUGAACUUGAUGCUAAGGUAAAUUAUUAUGAGGAGCAGAUCAAUGAAAUCAAAGUUAAAUAUGAAUUGGAGAAAGAAGAUAUUAACCAAGAACACAACAAUAACGUUGCAAAAAUGAAUGAUGAGUUCAAUGAGCUCAGAAGCCAUAUUUCAGAACUUCAAGAAGCAAUAGAGACCCUUAAAAUACUACAACAUACAACAGAAUUUAAACACAAAGAAGAAAAGGAAGAAUUGCUGAAAAAGUUCAAUGUCGAUAAAACACAGCUAGAGGAGCAGUUGAAACAGGAACAUGAAGAAACACUCCAAAUCAAAUUGAAGGAAGUAAAUCACUGUCACCAUAAUGAUAAAGAAGAAUUGUUAAAAAGGUUGACUGCUACUGAAUUGCAAUUGGAAGAUCAACGAAAAGAGCUGAAGGAAGUAUUCCUAAGAGAAAAAAGGGAGCUGGAGCAAAUUUACCAAACACAAGUUUCUGAAGUUACAGAAAAUCUUGAGCAGGAGAAAGAAGAGUUGCAAAGGAAUCUUUUGCAUGCACAGCAAAAUGAACUCCUACAGGAAAGGAAAAGCAUGGAAAACAAAUUUAACCACAAGAUUGCCAAGAUGGAAGCCCAGUUUGCCAAGGAACAUCAAACAAUCAUACUUAAAUUCAAAGCAGAAACAUCUGAACUUGAGGAAAAAUACCAACAUGAGCUUUUACAACUUGAAAAACAGCUUCAGGAAGAGAAAGGGCAGUGGGAAUUUGAAAAAGAGGAGCUUUUACAGGAAAGUGAAGGUGAGAAAGAAAAGUUGAAGGAAAUGUUGAAAGAGAAAAGCUUAUUUGCUCAGAUGCUCAUGGAAGAGAGAGACAGUUUAGAGAAAUCUUGCAAAGAUGAACUAAAUAAAUUAGCUUCCGAACAUCAGCAGCUUCAAAAGGAACUGGAAGAGUUAAAAUUUGCUACCUCAAAGAAAGAGAGUAUUUUGACAGAUGAAAUUAUCAGCUUGAAGAAGGAAUUGAAUGUACAAUUACAAAAGGAAGAAGAACAAUUGGCCAAGGCUGGGCAUAAGCAGGAACAGACCAGAGUAUUGAUUGAACAGGUGAAAGCAGAAUCUGAAAAGCAAUUAAAUAGACUGAAAUUGGAAAAUCUUCAACUGGAAGAAAAGCAUUCAAUGAUUUCUGUUCAGCUCCAGGCAGCAUAUGAAGAAUGUGACAAAGAAAAGGCAGAAUAUUGUUCUGAAAUCUCCAGACUCCAAGAGAAAAUCAAAAAUAUGGAAGAGGACAUGGUCUUCCUUGGUGAAAAGCAAAGGUUCAACAAUGAACUGGAGGGGAGAAGUAAUGAGAUGAAAAACAAAAUUGCCCAUUUGCAGGAAAAACCACCACAGCUGGAAGUACAAACAUUGUUACUUCCAGACUCAAACAAUGAGGAUUUGAAAAAAGACUACAUGGAGAUGAGAACUGAAACAUUGGAGUUAGAAGAAACUUCUCAACCAUUAAAAGGAAAAACUCUAGAUCAACCAAACCUGCAGAAAGCCAAUCAACUACUUGAAAGAGAAAAGACAGAAUUAAUGAAGGUGAACACUGAACUUCAAGCAAAGAUUGAACAACUUCAGGGUAAACUGAUGACUCUUACAAACUUGGAGAAAGUGUCUGUAUCAUCAGAAAAGGAAAUAAGAUCAGAAAACUCAAAUCUGAGCAUGCAGAUAAAGGAACUAGAGGAAGAAACAGUGGACAUUUCAAAGUUACAGAAAACAAUUGAGUUGUUGAAAAAUGAAAUGGGUAAAAUGAAAUCAGAGAAGCUAAAAUGUCAAGAUAAAGUUGAACCGUUGCAAGAGAAAGUUGAAGUUCUCACACAGCUGCUCGAAGAAUCUCAGAAAGAGCUGGCAGAAGUAAAAUUUCAAAAUAUGAGCUUGAAAGACAGCAUGAAGGAAUUUCAGGAAAAAGCUCUGGAGCUCUCAAAUUUACGAAAAGCUAUUGAACUGUUUAACAGUGAAAAAUUAGAAAUGAUACAGGAGAAAGUACAACUUCAAGAAAAAGUUAAACAGUUACAAGACAAAGUAGAGGUAUUUUCAGAAUUAGAGAUUGCAUGUGAAGGCUCUGAGAAAGAAAUAGUAAAAGUAAGGGCUCAGAACACAAGUCUGCGAGAAAGAACCAAGCAAUUGGAAGAGAAGGUUGUGUCCAUUUCAGAACUUCACAGGAGAGGUGAUCAAACAGAAAAAGAGAAUGCUGAGUUAAAAGUAGUUGUCGCCAGAUUGCAAGAGCAAUUAAAUCAGCAACAAACCAGAACAAACAGUGGUGAAUCUGAAGAACCCACUGAUGCAAAUGACAUCUUAAAGGAUCAAAAGGCUACGUUGAGGGAGGAAGAAGGGGUUUAUCAUGAGAAAAUCAUAGAAUUGAAUGAAGUACAACAGGAAUUAAAGCAACAAGUGGAGAUUUUGCAGGAUGACAAAAUAACUGCUCAGAGAAUUAUAGAACUUCUAAACAACCAGAUGGCAGAGCUGAGAUCCCAGAACAAAAAGCUAGAUGCAGAGAAUGAAGAUCUUUGCCACAAAAACUCAAAGAAUCAAGCUGAUGUACUGGAAUUGAAGCAGCGGUUGGCUGAACUAAUUCGCCAGAAGGAGAAAAGGGCUGGGAACCUAGAGAAAGAACGUGAACAAGAAAAGAUGCACAUAAUGCAAGAAAUUGAAAAUGGCCAUUUGUCCAGAUACAACAAAUUGGAGGAUGAAGUCACUGCUCUAAAGCGCAUAAAUGAAAACUUGACUAGGGAGAAAGAAGCAUUGAAUGAUGAAGUGAAGCGGUGCGUUGGCAAGAUAACCAAAAUGAAUAUUAUGGAAAUGCAGGCAGAACAUUUGAGACAAGAAUGGCAGACAUCACUGCAAGAAGUCCAAAAGUUAUCAAGUCAGCUGAUGACAUCACAAGAAAAGAUACAGAGUUUGGAGGAAAGCUCACAAAGUAUCAACCUCCAGACAGCAAAAUUGAAAUCAGACUUCCGUGUAGCUCAACAGGAAAAUGAAGCAUUAAAGCAGGAAGUUAUGUCAUUGCACAAACAGCUACAGACCACCAAAGAUAAGAAUCAGAUGCUAGAGCUGACUUUGCACUCUGCAGAUUUUCAGCAUCAGCAGAAAAAGUUUUACCAGAAUGACCUGGCUCGGCUGGUGGAAGAGGAACAGAAAUUACUACGGCAGGAAAAUGAGAGGCUGCAGAAAGAAGGACAGCAAAUAAAAGGGGAGCUUCAGCAGGCCAGGGAGAAGAUCAAACAUUUGGAAUCUACAGUUUUGACACUCAAACAGCAAAAACACUACAGCAGGUCAGCCACGCUGAAAGCUGCUGAACAGGAGAAGCUCUGUCUCAAGAAGGAAUAUGAUCAGAUUCAGAAAGAUCUCAACAGGAGGAUUAAGUUAAUUGUCUCACUUGAACAUGAACUGAAAGUCCUCAAUGUGGAGAAUGAAAUGCUGCGAAAAAAGCAGUCCAACCUGGAGAGUCAGUUAAUGGAAACUGGUGACAAGUUGCUACAGUCAAAUUCAAGCCUGACAUUUAGCCAGUCACAGAAUCUUCGAGAACUACAACAAUUGCGAGAACAAAUCUGCACCAUGGUUCCAAAAGACCAAUUAGCUCAGCUUCAGCAAUGUUUAAGCCAUGAGGAAGUUCAACGUCAUCAACUGCAAGAGCAACUAGACAAGAAAGUCAUGGAAAGCAAUACACAACAGGAGGCAUAUGAACGACUGCUAAAAAAGAUGGAAGAAAGGAUGCAAGAUGUUGAAAAUAAGUUAAGGAACAUGAAGUUACUUCUUCAGGACAAAGUCAUGCAACAGAAAGAACAACUGUCCAAGAAUGCUAAAGCAGAUGAAAAAGUCAAAGAUUUAUAUGUUGAAAAUGCUCAACUCCUCAAGGCCCUUGAAAUGUCUGAACAGAGACAGAAGACAACAGAGAAAAAAAACUACCUGCUUGAAGAAAACAUUGCAGGCCUUAAUAAAAUUCUCAAGGACCUAUCAGCAUCGUCAUUGUCUAUGGCGUCAACCCGUUAUUCAUCCUAACACAUUCUAUUUAAAAGAUCAUAUGAUACAUAGCAAAGAAUCACAACAUUUGAAACACUAAUGCACUUUAUCAGAUGAAUAUUUCUGUUACCAAGUGCUUAGUUUUUCCAGGACUUAUUUUGUGAAUUUUAGAAAGAAAUCAUAGAUAAAGGUGCUGGACAAGUAUUACAAAAUACUGCCCUAAACUGUUGGUUUCAAAAGAUUGGUGCACUUCACUACUCAUUAUUUAAUUUCCAAAAUAAAUUAUAUGUUCAGUAAUCAGCAAUGAAGUGCUACUUACUCUUUGGAGAGCAUGCGGAUUUUUUUAAGAAAACUGUUUACGAAUAAAAUAUUUGGUUUGAUUAAGUUUUAAACAUCUCGGGCCAAAGAAUGCUAUAACUAGGAGUAAAAGCCAAUCAGAAGCAGUUGAUAUGCUGGCAUUCUGAAAAUAAAUGUAUCUGUAAAUAUGACCAACUCUGGCUUCUGUAUUAUCUAAAGUAUUACUGCUGAUAAUUUAAACAUAAUGAAAGACUGUGGAUGUGUAACUUGUAUACUUUGUAUGUUAGAAUGUAAAUGUGAAUCAAUCAUCUGUUCUUGAGAAAAUAAUGUAAAUACUGUUAUUUAAUGUUUUACUAUGCAGAACAAUCCAAUUGAGCCUGUGACAGUAUUCACAUUUCAAAUUCCUGGAAGAUCCGUAAACUUGCAGAAUUUCAAGAUGUGU